AUGUUGCGCGGCCAGGGCGCACGCCUUCUACGCCGACCGCAGUUUUAUUGUGUAGCCAGAUGCACCGGCACGCAGCCACCGGACAAGCCGACCGUUUCCGCCACCGCACCACCGGAUCCGCUGAAGGCCUACACGGCGCUGGGCGGCGUGCGCGGGAAACCGGCCGUGAAAAAGGACAUAUGGCACUACAGCGAUCGGCGCAGCGGCAAGGGCUACUCCGAUUUUUCGACGACCAUCUACCCGCACGCGCGCGAAUAUAUUUGGCCGCCGUUGAGAAAGAUGAACAAAAUCGGAGCGUUGAUCAUCAUCGGCGGUCUCGUCUUUAUGGUCGUCGAUUUUGAGCGGGUAGUGCAAGUGUUCGACGAAAUCUCCGAAGGUAUCCUCAAGCCGCGCACAAACCCCGAGGCCAAGCAGCUCGAACCCGAUCAGGGCCCCGAUGCGAGCCUUGUCGUGCUAGAAGACGCUGCAGAAGACCAGGCUGAUGAAGAUGAACCUAGAAAACCCAAGAAAAAGGAUAAAAAGAAGAAAAUCGGAUUCCGCGAGCGUCGCAUCAUCCAGUACACCGAUCGGAUCAGGAAUUAUUCGACGCCCGACAAGGUCUUCCGAUAUUUCGCCACGCUGAAGGUGCCCUCAGACGAGAGCGGCAUCCACUACGAGGUCUACAUGACCCCUGAAGAUUUCGUCCGUUCCUUCACACCGGGCGUGAUGCAACCACCGAAAUAUGGCAUCGAUCGGUUCAAGGUCUACAGGCCUGAGAAAUACCACCAUCACAUCCAGGAUCGGUCUUCGAUCUUCUACAAGCUGGGCGAGACGGGUCUCAUCUCCUUCAGCGAUUACUUGUUCCUGAAGACGCUACUUUCCACGUCUCCAAAAGAUUUCGCGCUGGCCUUCAGCAUCUUUGACAUCAACGGAGAUGGGGCCCUCGACCGCGACGAGUUCUAUAAAAUCAAGAACCUGGUGAUGUCGCAGUCGUCAAUUGGCCUCCGCGAAAUGACGCCCGGCAUCUCUUCACACCAUCGUCAUCUCCAGCCCAAUUCCGCACUCGAGACGUACUUCUUCGGCCCCCACGGCACCCACAAGCUCUCCGCCGACAAGUUUUUGCAAUUCCAGGCCGAUCUGCACCGCGACAUCCUGAAAAUGGAAUUCGAGCGUCGCGAUUGUCUCGACGGGGAAGCUGGGAUAAUUUCGGAGCUGAGCUUUGCGCAGCUUCUCCUCCUGCAUGCAAAUAUUGAUGAGAAGAAGAUGAAGGGAAUGCUGAAGAGGGUACGCAAGAAAUAUCAAGAUGGACCCGGCAUCACGUUCGAGGAGGUGGUGUCCCUGUUCGCGUUGUUGUACCACAUCGAAGAGGUGGACAUGGCCCUCCAUUUCCAUCGAAUGGCCGGCGUCCCCAUUGAUGCAAACAUGUUGCAGCACGUCGCCAGGAAGGUGACGAACGUGGAAUUGACUGAGCACGUCGUCGACGUCGUCAUCACGCUUUUCGACGAGAAUAUGGACGGCAAGCUGUCGAAUCGUGAAUUCGUGGCCGUGAUGCGGAGACGGAUGCGCAGAGGGCUCGAGCAUCCCAGGGACACGGGCGUGUUCCGUCUGGCCGAGGCCGUGGUGGAAUGCAGUCGACGGGCCAUCUUCGACGCUCCACUUCCGCUCUACCAAUUGCGACAC